CUGCAGAUGAUGCUGUCUGGAAACACUAGCGACUCCUGGAAAUCAUGUGAUCACUUGGUCGUAUAUUACCAUGCCACAGACAUUCACGUCAUAUGUGAGACAGGGUAUCACGACACGUCAACGGUGGGCAUUACGUCAUAGCUGGUAAAGCUGAGUUAAAUACUAAACUUAAACGCGCCGCGUGUGUUGCGUCAGAGGAGAACAGCUGACACUCGCAGACGUUUCCCAGCAAGACCACCGACGAGCAGACAGCGGACCACUAAUCUGGAGCUUGCGACUCCGUGUUUAAAAGGUUCAAGGCUAUCAUUCCAUUGCCAACCAGCAACUAAUCAAACAUGGGAAAGGAAUUCAGAGGAACAAUCACAGAUCACCCUGACUUUGAUGCAAACAGCGAUGCAGAGGAUCUGUACAAUGCCAUGAAAGGCUUCGGAAGUGACAAAGAGGCCAUCUUAGACCUGAUUACAUCACGGAGCAAUGCUCAGAGGCAGGAGAUCUGCAGUGCCUACAAAUCACUCUAUGGCAAGGAUUUAAUUGAUGAUCUUAAAUAUGAGCUGACGGGGAAGUUUGAACGUCUGAUCAUUGGUUUGAUGAGACCCCCAGCCUACCAUGAUGCCAAAGAGCUGAAGGAUGCCAUUAAGGGAGCAGGAACAGACGAGAAGUGUUUAAUUGAGAUUCUUGCUUCAAGAACCAACGAGCAGAUUUAUAAUCUGGUGGCAGCAUACAAAGAUGCCUAUGGCAGAGACCUUGAAGAGGACGUGGUAGGGGACACAUCUGGACAUUUCAAGAAGAUGCUGGUUGUUUUACUUCAGGGGACCAGAGAGGAAGAUGAUGUUGUGAGUGAAGAUCUUGUGGAGCAGGAUGCUCAGGACCUGUAUGAUGCAGGGGAGGCACAGUGGGGCACAGACGAAGCCAAAUUCAUCAUGUUGCUGGGAAACCAGAGCGUGACCCACUUGCAGUUGGUAUUUGAUGAAUACCAGAAAAUUGCUGAGAGAUCCAUUGAGGACAGUAUUAAAAGCGAGCUGUCUGGAGACUUUGAAAGACUAAUGCUCGCUGUCGUCCAGUGUAUAAGGAGUAAACCCAUGUUCUUCGCCAGACGUCUUUAUAAAUCAAUGAAGGGUCUGGGCACGGCUGAUAACACCCUGAUUCGCAUUAUGGUGUCUCGCUGUGAGAUCGACAUGCUGGAUAUCAGAGAAUGCUUCCGCCUACGCUAUGAAAAAUCUCUGUACAACAUGAUUCAGGAUGACACAUCUGGGGAAUACAAGCGCACACUGCUGAAGUUGUGUGGAGGAGACGAUGAUAUUGCAGGAGAGUUCUUCCCUGAGGCUGCACAGAUUGCUUACAAGAUGUGGGAGAUCAGCGCCAUGACCAAAGUUCAGUUAAGAGGAACUGUGAAACCGUCUUCGGAUUUCGACCCUGCGAGUGAUGCCCAAGCUCUGAGAAAAGCAAUGAAGGGUUUCGGCACUGAUGAGGAUACAAUAAUUGAAAUUGUGACACGAAGAAGCAACGAACAGCGGCAGGAAAUAAGACAAGCUUUCAAAUCUCUUUUGGGACGGGAUCUCCUGGCCGACCUAAAAUCUGAACUCUCCAAAAACCUCCAGAGGCUCAUCCUGGGCCUCAUGAUGUCCCCAGCAGAGUUUGAUGCCAAAAUGAUGAAGAAAGCCAUGGAGGGUGCAGGCACGGAUGAACAUGCAUUGAUUGAAAUCUUGGUCACUAGGAGCAACCAGGAGAUUAAUGAUAUGUGUUCUGCCUAUCAAAGUGCAUUUAAAAAAAGUUUGGAGCAUGCCAUCGCAUCAGAAACGUCAGGACAUUUCAAACGUGUUCUGAUCUCUUUGGCACAGGGGGGUCGUGAGGAGGACCAAGUAAACAUGGACAGGGUCCUGGAAGAUGCCCAAGCAUUGGCAGACGCAUGCGAUGCAGACUCAGAUGAGAUGGAGGACAAGUUUAUGAGUAUUCUGUGCACGAGGAGCUUUCCUCACCUGAGGAGAGUGUUUCAGGAAUUCGUUAGGUGCAGCAACAAAGACAUUGAACAGAUAAUAAAGAAGGAGAUGUCAGGGGACUUUAAAAAUGCCAUGUUUGCUAUCGUGCGGAGUGUGAAGAAUCAGCCUUCUUAUUUUGCUGACCGAUUGUAUAAAGCCAUGAAGGGCCUGGGAACAGAUGACAGGGCUCUCAUCCGUAUCAUGGUGUCCCGCUCCGAGAUCGACCUCUUCAACAUCCGCAAAGAGUUUAAGGAGACGCAGGACGCCACUUUGCACGAAUUCAUCCAGGUAGAGGCGCUCGUUGGUGACACAUCAGGAGACUAUCGUAAGACCCUUCUGAUACUCUGUGGAGGGGAAGACUAAAGCGUCGUCCUGGAAACGGGACAGUAUAAAUAUGCCUAGCAACCAGUGUUCUGUGUUCCAGCCCUUGUUUGUGAAGUGCUAGUCAAAUUGUCCCUGUGCCCUUUGCCACCAUGCCUAUGCCAAAGCUAGUGACCUUUGACCUAUGCAAAAGCCACACCUUUUCGCUGUGUUAUGUUGCAAUCACAUGUUAUGUAAUGUUUUGUUUUUUUACAGUUUUAAAAGCAUUUUUGUUGUGUUAAGUGCUUUAGUUUACAGUAUUAAACCAAACUGUCCUGUGUUCAAGUUGAUCACCCAGUAAAAUAAAGAAGUCAUCCUAUUUGAGUGGGUGUUGUUAAAUGUACAGCAUUGUUGUUUUUUAUCUAGAAUUAAAAAUGAUCUUGUUCUGCAGUACUUAAACGUUCGGUAUUUAACUCAAUAGGAGACAUUUCUCACGGCCUUCAUUUUAUUACCGGUCCGACGGGUCGAUUUAUUCAGAUCAGUCAUUAACUGUAUUUACAUUACAGAUAAGGAAAUUCCCUUCGGUUGUAAUCAAUGUUAUUUUGUUCUAAAUAGGAAAUGUCUUGUUAUAAAUUACACAUGGAAAAUGUAAUAUUUCAUGUUCUGCCUUACUGAAGGGUGAAGCUGAUUUUUAAAGCUCCCACUUCAUACAAAAAGCGUAAUAAUAUGGAUGUUGCUGAAAAGUGAGAGAGAAUAAAACAGCACUGGAUCCCAUAACGCUCGGAUUGUGUGCGGCCCAUGGUUUGAGAUCAUUGCUUUUCAUUGGUCAAUACACACCACACCUU